GUAAUCAAGGCAAGAUAGGGUGUCCGGCAUCAUGUCCCGCUGGGAGGCCCUGCAGGCCUUGGAGCCCCAGUUCCAGGAGGAGCUGCACCUCCUGUACCUGGAUGACCUCCUGCCCAUGGACGUGCGCUGUUACCUGGCAGCCUGGAUUGAGGACCAGAACUGGGUCCAGGCCAUGGACUCCCACAAGGCUCCCGCGCAGAUGCUGUUCUACGACUUCCUGACUCAGCUGAAGGACCAGUGCGGCCGCUUCAGCCAAGACAGCGGCUCCCUGCCCCUGCAGCACCGCUUCCGCCUCUACCGCCAGGAGAUCGAGGCCAAGUACCAGGAGUGUCCCAACCAGCUGGCCGGGCUCAUUCACAACCUGCUGCUGGAAGAGGAGCAGAUCUGGCAGCGGGCGCUGCAGGCGCAGGAGGCUCAGGCGGGCCCGGGGCCGCAGCCACCCAUGGUGACCGAGCAGCAGCAAGAGGUAACCACGCGCCUGGAGGAGCUGCGGACCAUGAUGCAGAAGCUGCUCCGAGACAUGUCCGCCCUGAAGAACCAACAGGAAAUCUUCACGUUUCGCUACCACACGCAACCCAAGACAGGUGCUACAGCCCAACACACUCAGCUCCUCCAGGACACUCUCAACAACCUGGACAAGCAGCGCAAGGAGGUGCUGGACACCCUGCAGUGUCAGCUGGGCCGCUGCGCCACGUUCCAGGACCUGCUGCUGCACGAACUGGACCUCUGGCGGGUCCGCCAGCGCAACGCCUGCCUGGGGUUGGCCACGGACACCGCCCUGGACCAGCUGGAGGAGUGGUUCACGGCCGGGGCCCGGGUGCUGUUCCAGCUGCAGCAGCUGCUGGGGGAGCUGGAGCGACUGAGCGAGGAGGUGAGCUACGACAACGACCUGCUGCGGAGCUCCCUGCCCACGCUGCGGCCCCGCAGCGCCGAGCUGCUGAGCUGCCUCCUGCACAGUGCCUUCGUGGUGGAGACCCAGCCGCAUAUGGUCCCUCACCGCCUGUUCCCGCACCCGCUGGUCCUGAAAACCAACAACAAAUUCAGCGUGCGCACCAGAUUGCUGGUGAAGCUGCAGGACCCGAGCGAAGCCCUGACGGUCAAGGUCACCAUCGACAGAAAUCCUGUACCCAAGAAAGGCUUCCGCAGAUUUAACAUCCUGACCUCGAACACGAGGACGCUGACCCCGGAGAAGGGCCCCAGCCGCAGCCUAGUGUGCGAAUUCGGCUUCCUGACCCUGAAGGAGCAGAGAGCCGGAGGGUCAGGCAAAGGCAGCAACGGCAGCAGCGAGGUGCUGCUUUCCGUGACAGAGGAGCUGCAUCUGAUCACCUUUACCGUGUCCUACAAGUACCAGGGACUGACGCAGGAGCUGCAGGCAUCCACGCUGCCCGUGAUCAUCAUCUCCAAUAUGAACCAGAUGACCAGCGCCUGGGCCUCUGUGCUGUGGUUCAAUCUGCUCAGCCCCAAACCCCAGGACCAGCUGUUCUUCUGCACCCCCCCCAAAAUGCCCUGGUCGGUGCUGGGCCCGGCCCUCAGCUGGCAGUUUGCCGCCGCCGCCGGCCGUGGCCUCAACAAGGACCAGCUAGCCAUGCUCCGAGACAAGCUCUUCGGGCAGAAGCAGGAAGCCGACCUACUGCUGUCCUGGGAUGAGUUCUCCAAGCUGGAGAGCCCCCCAGGGAAGGUGCCCUUCUGGACGUGGCUGGAUGGGAUCCUGAACCUGGUGCGCUGCUACCUGCAGGACAUCUGGAAGGACGGGCACAUCAUGGGUUUCGUGAGCCGGUUGCAGGAAAAGCGGCUGCUGAAGAAGAUGCUGACCGGAACCUUCCUGCUACGCUUCAGCGAGACCUUGGCCAAGGGGGGCAUCACCUGUUCCUGGGUGGAGCACCAGGACGACGGCAAGGUGAAGAUUCGGUCCGUGGAGCCGUACACCAGCGAGGUCCUGCAGUUGCUGCCGCUGACUGAGAUCAUCCGCCACUACCAGCUGCUGGAGGAGAGGACCACCCCCGAGAACCCCCUGCGCUUCCUGUACCCUCGCACGCCCCGCGACCAGGCCUUCGCCCGCUACUACCGCGACAGCGCCACAGUGAACAUCCAGGAGAGGCAGGAGUAUCUGAAGCGCCGACUCAUCGUUGUCUCCAGCCCGGCGGAUGAGCCCGAGGUUCCCCAGCCUCCGCAGUUGGAAGAGCAGCAGCCCUUGGAGCUGCAGGAACCGGGAGGAAUGGAGCUGCUACUGGACGAGCCUUCCAUGGAGUGGCUGACCGUCCACAUUAAAGAGAUGUACAAGGAUGCGCUCCUGGGGGACUGUGACCCUGUGAUGCCCACCGAGCCCCUCGAGGAAGAAGGGGCCUUUCCUCACCACAGUCCUCCUUUUGCGGACUUCCCGCUCCACGUGACUUACUCUUAGUGCCCAGGUCCUGGCACGAGUGCAGCCCUUAACCCCACCCCAUCUCAGAGUCAGGAUUACCGUAGCCUCCUUCAUCUCCCCCGCCACCCCUGUACUCACGAGCUUCCCUGUAGCUGGCCCGGUGUCCCCGCGCCCCUUUCCCAGUACUUAGCACAAGCACUUUGCCCCCCGCCCCUCCUCCUCGGUCCCCAUGCUGGAGCCGUGAGGCCGUGGACUCUUCCCAGCCGGCCCCGCUCUGGUCCGCCACAGACGCAGCUGCCACGGACAGUCCCUUCCGUGCUGCCCGUGGGGAGAGCAGCCCGGACUGAGAUUUCCGACCCCUAUCCCCCCUCGCCUCUCGACUCGCAACCUCUAACUCUAACCCUCCUCCUCGCCCCGCCCUGUGCUGUAGCCUGUAAGCUCCUUGUGGACGGGGAAUAUGUCUGUUUAUUGUUGUACUCUCCCGAGCACUUGGCACAGUGCUCUGCCCACGGUAUUCGGUAAA